GAAAAACAAUAUAAGUGACACAGUGUGUAUAGAUUACCCAUUUCGCCAUCUGAAACACAUUAUACACAAACUAUCUCUAAUUCACUCCGACUAUUUUCUGCUUAACUCACAGCUUCAUUCAAUAUCAAAAUAAACACGGUCAUAACAACACAAUCAACGGUCAGUGAUCAACACACACACACACACACGAAUAUCAUACAGUUAAUUGUCAGUGAGAUAUCCGAACAUAAUAGAGAUAGACAAUUCGCAUUGAUAAAUAAUUCUGGCAGUAACAAUUCAAUCGACACGAAGUUAUCGAAAAGCCAGUCGUAGAAUAAAUAUGGUUUCGUGUGCAGAGAAAUAUGCCAACAAACAGCAUAUUAUCGCUGAUCGUCUACGAUUGACUUCAAGUCCAUUGGUGCGUGCAUGUUUGGGCGAAUUCAUGGGUUCAAUCAUUUUGAUGAUCUUCGGUAGUGGUGUGCUAGCACAAGUGAUCCUGGGUGAUCAUGGCAGACAUGCUCAUGGAACAUUCAUUUCGAUCAGUAUGGGGUGGGGUUUCGCAGUGUACAUGGCAGUGAUGUUCUCAGGACAGUGUGGUUCUGGACACUGUAAUCCAGCAGUGACUUUGGCAGCUGCAGUCGUCGGUAAACUGCCAUUCCGUCGUAUACCGUUUUAUACAUUCUUUCAAAUACUCGGUGCUUUCCUCGGUUCAUUGGUUGUCUUCGCCUUAUAUCGUGAAAAAAUCAUAGAAUAUGCCAACUUGCAUGACAAUGGGAAGUUGUUGGUGAAUUCCACAGGUGGUAUAUUCGUCACUAAUCCAUCGGCAUCUCAUCUCACAUGCUUUCUCGAUCAAAUUCUCGGCACUGCAUUGUUGACAGCAGGAGCGUUCGCCAUCACCGAUCCGAAUGGAUGGAAACUUCCAGACUACUUACACCCACUACAUUUGGCAUUUAUGGUCUACGCUAUUGUUGGUUGUUUCGCAUUGAAUGCUGGAGCUGCUCUAAAUCCAGCUCGUGAUUUAGGACCCAGACUCAUGAUAUUUAUAUUCGGUUGGGGUAACCAAGCAUUCAGUGGAGGAAACUACUUCUUCUGGAUACCAAUAGCUGGACCGUAUAUUGGUGCUGUGAUCGGUGCAGUCUUAUACGAAUUGACUAUCGGUAUACAUUUGGAUAGGAAAUCCGACUUCGUUGUGGACAUUGAUUAUGAAGAAUCACAACGCGAUAGUAAGAAGUUGAUGGCGUCUGCAUCACCAUAAUCGUCGACAACCAGAAACAUUCCUCCCACUCCUUCUACUCUAACACGCACACACAAACAAACAAACAAACACACUUUUAUCACCGUUCAUGCAUAACAACCAUUCUCAUUGUUUUCAUCAUUCAGAUUUUCUAAAUAUUUAACAUUGUAAAAUAGUCUGUUGAUUCACAUUUCAUCCAGAUCACUUGAUCAUUCGAUGUGAACAUCUAUGCCAAAAUACAAGAUAUGCAAAUACACAAUUCAUGUUCUCAAUAAAAUCGAAAAUACACAAUUUGGUAAAUUCACUGAUGAAAGUAUUUGUUUGUUGUUUUUCG